AUGGACCUUCUUCUCGUGAGUCUGAGUUUUAUAAAUGUGGGUUGUUUUUUGGUGACGUUGUUGUACAUAAUGAGAAGAUACAUACCUUUCUGGUUGUCUGAUCUGUUUGAAUGGGGAAAGACGAAGUCAAAUUGGGAUCAGAGUCGCUGGAACAGAUUUCUUCACGUCCCAAACAGGUGAUGGUCACCGGUAUUGUCGGUAUGUGAUAGUCACGUGAUACUCUAAAAAAUAGUAACUGUGGCAACGUCAUCAAUGAUGAUCUUUACCUGAGGAUGUGUCAACUGCUGAAUCGUGGAAGUUUGGUUACUGGUGCAAAGGUUUUCACAGAUGGAAGUGGCCGUGAUAAUUGGGACUCUAAGAUGGGGGGUAGGGCUGGUUAAGGAACAGAGAGCUCAAGGUGAAGGGGGGAGGGGGGAUUUCCUUGGAGUUCUCGGUGGGUGUGCCAUCUUGCUCUUUAAAUCCCGACCUUAGGCUUUCCAUAUGUGACAUCCAUUUUCAGACAUGGCUUCUACUAAUCCUGUAGUAAUAAUAUGUCUAAAAAAACUUCACACCAGUUCCUAUUAAGUCAAGAAUUGGUAAGUUUUACACAGAAAAUUGGUGUGACUGGUGUGUUUUGGUUACAUAUCUUCACCUGUUAUUGAUAUGGAAAUGAAAAGACAAAUUUAAUGUGUUUCUAUGAUGAUGUGGUUUCCUUGAAAACCAAACCCAAUUUUUUAAAGACCACGAUAGUCGAAAGCACAUAAUCAAUUUUUUUUUCAAUUUGACACGAAAUUAUUUCAAAUUUUCCAGUUUCAAUACAGUCAAAAGAAAUCUUAUUUGGGCUGAAUUUUGUUUUUCAGCUGGUUCACUCAUUUUUACAUUGUUGGAAGUUCUCUAUCAUGUGCACUUUUAUGGAUGUUGAUUAUUCAUUGUUUCCACAUCAAGAGUCCAAUCACAGAGUAUUUUCCUCAAAUACUGGACUUACAUUACACUCCAUGUGUUAAUUGCUUUACUGUUUUGGUAUCCCUUCUUCUUCUUUUGGUGCAGUGUUGUCGCAGACUGUUUGAAUGUUUAUUUAUCAGUGUAUUUACAGGCAAGAUUCACUUGUCGCACUAUUUGGUGGGAUUAUUUUAUUAUGUUUUGGAUGCAAUUGCACUUGCUUCACCACUUCUUGGGGAAAAGAAAAUGGACAAAGGUAAAUUUGUACAACUUUAUUUCUGUGAAAUAUUUGUUAGGGAACUGGCCUGGAUGAACCAAAUUUUAAGAUAUUUUUUGCAAAGUGAACAUUUAAAAGCAUUUAAAAUCUGUCAAAUGAACUGUAAUUUAUUUAAGGCCUUAGCAAAUUUGAUAACCAAACAAGUUAUACUACCCAUACGAAACUUGACCAUUUCAGUGACAUUUGCAGUAAUAUUCAAUGCGCUAUCCAGCUUGUGUGCAGAUAUUUUGUCUCUUUUUUUCAAAUCUGCAGCCAGGUCAGGAAGGACAUCUGGUACAAUCAUCUUUGCCAAAAAAUGAGAAUAGAUAGUAAUUGUCUCUCUCCAAAUAACUGCCUCAAUUUCAUGUUUUCCCUGGCAAAAAAUGGAAAUUUCUUUAAGUAUGCAUUAAGGAGAACACUUUCUGAUUCUGUUUAAUUCUGUGGUUUAUUUUUCAAGAUUGGUGUAGCUUGUGCAGAGAACUGCUGUCAGGUUUGCAAAAUUUCAGUGGUAUCCAGUGGCUGGGAAUAGUUGUAUUUCUUUGGGCAAGCUGGCAUCAGUGGAACUGUCAUGUCAUACUGGCAAAGUUACGACACUCUGCAUGUGGGAAAACAGUCAAAGUGUACAAAAUUCCUUAUGGUGACUGGUUUGAUCAUGUCUCCAGUCCUCACUACCUGGCAGAAAUCGUAAUCUACUUUGCUUUCUUCCUGAUACAAAAAGGUCACAAUGUUUAUGUUGGAAUGAUUUUGCUAUUUACUGUGCAGAACCUUUCACUUGGAGCUACAGUGACUCAUAAUUGGUAUAAAAACAAAUUCAAGGAGUAUCCCCAAAAUCGUUACAAGAUAUUUCCAUUUCUCUACUAGGGAACUAGUGGCAGAGUGGUCAAUCUUUGUGUGACUGAGUUCUGUAUCACACAAUUGGAUAAUAAUCAACAUCUCUAUUGGAUUUCUAAUGGUAAUAGGACCAAGUGGAGUCAAUUAACAAAAUCGAACGAGUGUGAAGCAGAAGUCUGAUUUGUUAAUCUCAAGUAUGAUUACAAACAGAAUUGGACAAGAAGAAGUUCUGUUACCAAUUAGUCAUAACCAUUUCAAUUUCAGAAAAAACAAAUGCACCUAGAACAAAUAUCUCCAGUGGAGACAAUGUCUUUUGUUUAAAAUUCCUCCAUUUUGGAAAUUCCUCAGGUUUUCUUUGGAUAAGUGGUUGUUACUAUGGUUAUUAUGAUCAUUUCUGUGAUCGGUGGAUUAGCUGAGUGGACUUAGUAUGAUUGGCUGCUUCAAAUGUCCGAUUACACAUGUCAGAUUUCAGCCAACUGUCUGAUUACACUUUCCUUUACAACUGUACAGAAUGAUUGGUGAAAAAUGAAGCUACGGAUGCACCAAUAAUAUUUGAGGAAUUUGUAAUGGUUAUGAUUAGCUCUGAAAUCACUGGUGAUCCUUGGUAUCUGAUUAAUUCUCGAUGUGAUUUA